UCAGGGUCCUACUGUUUUCAACAUUUGGGCAACUGGAGCACAAGUUGUGCGGAAAAAGGGAUAAAAAGGGAAAAACGUGGAUUCCUUUAAAAACUGAGCAUGUCGAAAGCAGGAGAAGCUCAGCCCGCGGCUGAGGGAGCGGUGGUUGCUGGCAACGGGAACGCUGAGCUGGCCCAAAAUGAAGGUCAAAAUCAGGAACAGGCGCAGCAGCCCCCCCAAAAUCAGCCCACCCGCAUGGAGUCCUUCUUUGCGAUGACCAAGUCCCUGAUCCUGCGCGCCCUAAUCAUCUACUUUGUGAGCUCCUUUUUCCGACGACCUGCUCCCGAUGCCGCCACCCAGGACAAGAGUGUGGCGAAUGCCGGUCCUAAGAUCACGGCCUGGAAUUACUUUGAAAACGGCACGGACUUUGACCUGCACGUGUGGCUAUCGGAUCACCCCGAUGUGGUCAACUUUCAGCAGAAGGCGAAUCUUCUCUGGCUGCAGGAGGACCUCACCUAUGGUGACUGGACAUCGGGCGUUAAUGGCGACAGCAUCUUUACACACAGUUUGAAGCUGAAGACCAGCCAGCACCUGAUGAACAACGGCAGUGUGUACCUGCAUGCUUUCGUCACCCGUUCGGGGAUGAGUCCUGAUCCUCAGUCGCCCAACUAUGCGACCAAUGGCCACAUGGGCCACCAGCAGCAUCAGUUGAACAAGUUCAAGAAGCUGAAAGUUAACCGCAACUACAAUCUGCUGGCCAGCGAAAAGGAGAAGCUGGAGCACGAGCUGAAGCAUGCGAAUCUCAAGGACACCAUUGUGUCCCACUGGCAUCCCAAUCUCACUAUCAAUCUGGUGGUGGAUCAAACCAACUGGGCACAGGGUUCAGUGCCACCUCCUCUCGAUGAGUACGUCAAGUUCGUGGACGGAGGAAAGACCUAUCUGCCCAUUGUGUUUGUCAACGAUUAUUGGAACCUGCAGCGGGAGUACCAGCCCAUCAAUGAGACCACUCCCGAACUGGAACUCCAUCUGACUUUCCAGCCACUGGGCAUGUUCAAGUGGCAGCUGUAUGCCGCCAAGCAGAUGAAGAACAAGUGGGCUGGCAAUAUGCUGGGUGAGCUGAUGGCUGCCAGUCAGCCGGAGGAGAGCGAUGAGGACCAGGAUUCGCUGAAGGAGACGCUGCUGGAUACCAAUAUCUACCUGCUGGGCAUCACAGUGGCCGUUUCCAUACUUCACUCGGUGUUCGAACUGCUGGCUUUUAAGAAUGACAUCCAGUUCUGGAACAAUCGUAAAUCCCUGGAGGGUCUCUCAGUGAGAUCCGUGUUCUUUGGAGUCUUCCAAUCGCUGAUUAUCCUGCUGUACGUGUUGGACAACGAGACCAACUUCAUGAUUCGCAUUUCCUGUGUCGUGGGCCUUGGCAUCGAGGUUUGGAAGAUCCACAAGGUGGUGGACAUUAACUAUGACCACGAUCAGAAGAUCCUGGGCGUGCUGCCGCGCAUCAGUUUCCAGGAUAAGGGCUCCUAUUCGGAGAGCUCCACCAAAGACUACGAUAAGCUGGCCUUCAAGUACCUGGGCUGGGCCUGCUUCCCGCUGCUGGUGGCCUACUUUGUCUACUCCCUGAUCUACAACGAGCACAAGGGCUGGUACUCGUUUGUGCUCAACAUGCUCUACGGCUACCUGCUGACCUUUGGCUUCAUCCUGAUGACGCCCCAGCUGUUCAUCAACUACAAGCUCAAGUCGGUGGCCCACAUGCCGUGGCGUAUGAUGACCUACAAGUUCCUCAACACCUUCAUCGAUGACAUCUUUGCGUUUGUUAUUAAGAUGCCCACCAUGUACCGGCUGGGUUGCUUCCGGGACGACAUCAUCUUCUUUGUGUUCCUCUACCAGCGCUGGCAAUACCGCGUCGAUCUCAAGCGCGUGAACGAGUUCGGCUUCUCCGGCGAGAUGGAGCAGCAGAGUGCCGCCAAGAAAUUGGAAGGACAGACUGCGAAUGGAGCCAUCGAAGCUCCUGAAAGCCAUCGAAGCUCCAAAAAGACAGCCGCACAAAAGAAACAGGACUAGAGGGGGCUUAGGACUAGUAGCCACAUUUAGGCAUUAGCGGUAGAAGACAAUGCUAUACCCAUAUACUCCACUCCACUCCCCAAUAUGUAGGUAAUCACUCUCCAGUAUACAUAGUCAAGUAACCCCGAUAGCAUCAAUCUUAGGGCUAAUUGUAUGUACGUAUGUUUGUGUUUUGUUUUUUCGUGCCUCCGCGCUUCUUUCUGCAGCGUUGGAAGAUCAAAUAAAUUAAGUGUGAGAUGA